UUUGCUGUGCGGUUUGUGCAUGUAUGCAAAAUGAAAAUGCUUCCAGUACAGCUAUCACUGAAUCCGCUCAAUCCCAUCUGGAGCGAUGUCAUUUGGCGCUGCCCCCCGCCCCCCUCUAGCCAACUGGCCGAACUGAAGACACAGCUGCCGCCUUCGCUGCCCUCCGAUCCGCGUCUGUGGAGCCGCGACGAUGUCCUCGUCUUCCUGCGCUUCUGUGUGAGGGAAUUCGAUUUGCCCAAACUCGACUUUGAUCUCUUCCAGAUGAAUGGGAAGGCGUUGUGUUUGCUGACACGCGCCGAUUUCGGGCAUCGAUGUCCCGGCGCCGGCGAUGUGCUGCACAAUGUGCUCCAAAUGCUGAUCAUCGAAUCGCACAUGAUGCAAUGGCAUCUGCCCAACAGCCCCGUCACGCCCACCGGCCGAUAUCCGUUGUCGCCGCACAGCCACCCGCCGACGCCCACCUGGCCGCCGAUGAAUGUGCCCCAGCUGCUCGAUGGCAACAAUAGCGGCGGCAGCAACAGCAGCGCCGGCAGCAUCAACAGCAGCAACCUCAGCAGCAAUCCCUUCCACAGCACCAGCUCAGCAGCAGCAGCAGCCGCCCACAUGGCUGCCCAUCAUUUUAUGGCGCCCAAUUCGGUGACGCUGAGUCCGCCACCAUCGGUUGACUCCCAGGCGAGCAGUCCGCCCCAGCAGGGGGCCACCUAUCAGAAUGGAUCAACAGCAGCAACGGCAGCAGCAACAACAAUUGCUGGCAGCACAACAGGUGUGGCAACAACAACAGCGGGAACAGUUGGUGGCGUGCAGCCAAUGAAGGGCAUCAGCAGCGCCAGCAGCAAUCACAGCGAUUCCGAUGAUGAAUACUCCGAGCCCAACAAUCACAGCAGCAGCAACGGCAACAACAAUUGCAACAGCAACAACGCCAGCAACAAUUGCAACAAAUUGAGCGCCCUGCCACCGGCGCCGCUCUCCUCCUAUGGCACCGGCAGUCCACCGGGCACGCCCAUUCACAAGGAUCUGAAGCCCACCUGGACGCAACAGAUGACCAACAGUUUCGUCAACUCCUGGUCACAACAGCAGCAACAACAACAGCAACAACAGCAGCAGCAACAACAGCAGCAGCAGCAACAGCCACAGAAACUAACGUUGGAUAAUACGGGCGUGGGCAUUCCGCCGGGAGGUGGCUCCAUAUCGGCCCCAACGACGCCCAGCUAUAUGUAUAAGGCCAAGCGGGAAUUCUUUCCAGAGAACUCUGAGCCCAACACAAAUGGCCGCCUGCUGUGGGAUUUUCUGCAACAGUUGCUCAAUGAUCGGAAUCAGAAGUACAGCGAUUUGAUCGCAUGGAAAUGUCGCGAUACUGGCGUCUUUAAGAUUGUCGAUCCCGCCGGCUUGGCCAAAUUGUGGGGCAUCCAGAAGAAUCAUCUGUCGAUGAACUAUGACAAAAUGUCGCGCGCCUUGCGCUACUAUUAUCGUGUGAACAUCUUGCGUAAGGUGCAAGGCGAACGGCAUUGCUACCAGUUUCUGCGCAAUCCCACCGAGCUGAAGAACAUUAAGAAUAUAUCGCUGCUGCGACAGACGACGCCACAGUCGGGCGCCGGAGCAGGUGGUGGUGGGGGAGUUGGUGGAGUAGCAGGUGCAGCAGGAGCAGCAGCUGUCAAUCAACAGGCGCCAGGAUCUCCAGCAGCUCAGCAGCAACAACAACAGCAGCAACAGCAGCAACAGCAACAAUUGCAAUUGUCGCCACAACGUCCUGCCUCACGGAAUGCGACGGGGCCACCGAUGAGCUUACCAACGGCAGCAGCUGUUGCAGCAGCGGCUGCAGCUGCCGCAUAUGGACCGCAGCCACCGUCGCCGCUAUUCAUGCAAGCCUUCCACUAUCUGUCCGCGAAUGCGGCUGCAGUUGCCGCCGCUGCGGCACCGCCUCCGAAUUCACCUGCCACAGCAGCAGCAGCUGCGUCAUCGUCUGUGGACAAAUUUCAAUUUCAUCCGUUGAAGCUGGAGAAUGGCGAUAACGGCGCCAUGGCUGAGGAUCUGAAGCCCACCGAUCUGAGUGUGAGCAGCAAAACAAUAUCAACAACAACAGCAACAACAACAGCCAACAGCAACGAGGAUUGUUAUCCGCUCAUACGGAAUGCGGACGGUCUAACGACAAUCAAGCUGAUACGCUACCAGGAGCAGCAGCAGGCUCAGGCUCAGGCGUCAGCAGACGCCCAGCAAACAACGGAAUCAACGCCCGAGCAGAGCAACGGCAGCAGCAAUGCAUCCUCACCCAAACCAAUGGAUGCACUCGAUCAGCAACAGCUGCAGCAGCAGCAGCAGCAGCAACCACAUCCUGUGCCAAUGGACAGCGAUUGCAAUGGCAGCGAGGAGUCGGCAUUUAGUCGGCAUAUGCAUCAGUAGUAGUAGUCUGCAAUUAGCCAACCAACACAACAACAACACACACCUCAACACACACACACACACACACAACACACAUCCCACAUUAUGACAAUCACCCCACAACUUUACCUGAGCAAUCAAUGCAGCUGCCAACAAAAAAUGGGACCAGCAUAACAGCAAAUAGCAUUCAAUUAACACACACACACACACAUACACACACACCUGUUUGUAAAUACCAUAAA